AGUAAAAAGGCAAAAAACAUAUCACUUCCAUACGGAUAUGGAAUAUUAUACGGAUAUUGUGAUACGGAUAUUAUCCAUGACUCAUAAACAUUUGGAAGUGUGCUUGAGGCUGGCUAUCAGCAGCUACUGUCCGGACUAUGCAUCCCUGGCUGGUUCAAUUCAGUGCAAGUCAUCAAAGUAAACUCAGCAUUCGUGACUGGUGUGGCGCAGACGUCCACGUUUCGCCUCACUUCACCUGAGAUGGGCGGCCCUUAAAAGAACAAGUGGCUGAUUAAAUAGACGCAUGGAUGGUUAUGUACGUAUUUGCAGUGGAAUUCACUGAGUGCGGCUAGCGAAAAGAACAGGUUGGCGCGAUUUCGGGGUUGCGACAGCGACACGUAAACGCAGCACGCUGGGAGGAAGGAGGUUGGAUCCAUAAUGGCGAGAGCCAGUCACCGCAAAUGGAUGCAUCAAAGAAAGACACAACUCCUCAGCCCAGGAGGCUUUUCACUCAUUCUCGUUUGGAUUCAACUUCCGGCGUGGAGACGUACUUCCGUGUACGUAAAGAAGAAAAGGUCUGGACCCGCCCAUUUGGUCCAAUGGACACCUUGGAGCGUAGUCUGCCAUGGAAGGAGCACCUUGAAGAAAGUAGACCUAGAAAACCCCUGACACAGACGACAGAAGGCGUUUCGGUUGACAAGAGAGCCAAAGAAUGGGACAAAGGGCUGGCCCCUAGAAAUGUUAGCAUGGCGCCCACCUCCACGUAUCUGACUGACAGGCGCUAUGCGACCAGGAAGCCCCUGUCGUCCGUCCAGCAGCCUUCCGUGUUCAAGACUGACAGGCGUCAUGUGACCAGGAAGCCUCUGUCGUCCGUCCAGCAGCCUUCCGUGUUGAAGAGCACACGUCCUGAUAAGCAUCCACGUGAGGCAAAACAUGGAAGUGACAGGAGGACAGAAGAAGAUGAACAAUCCAUCGUGGAUUUUCCGACACGGCUAAGAGAGGAUCCAGCGAUCCUUAGCUUCCGUCCCGGCGAUGCCUCACCUCAUGCAGCCCCAAAGGCAGGGUGCCUCUCACCGAUGCUGAUCUCUGACCUCCACGGCUGCAUGGAAGGGCCCCACCAACACCCUUCUGCUGGACCCAGAAGAUCAAUUGAGUGCAGCCACUCCAGCUCCAUCCUGGAGUUCCGUGCCGUGAGGCCACAACCGACAUCCGCUGUUGUCGACCCUUCUUACGCACCACGCUGCACGUCCCCCUCCAAAAGCGGCCAAUCAGAGUUCAGCAGACGUUCUGUCAGCAGACAGUCCAUGUCAUCUCAUGAAGCUAACUAUUGGGACUGUGCCAUCCCCGAGUCGCCGCAUCCAACCUCAAACAGGCAGACUGCAGACUGGGAUCCAGACAAGGAGUACCAAGCCCUGCUGGACUACACCUACCCUCUGAGACCCGGACACGUGGACACGUUGGAUAACUUUGACCUCCAGGGAGACUCUCUUCAGCAUCAAGACCCGGCCUUGCAGGAUUCUGGUGUUGAACUGGAUCUCCUUUGUAGAUCCACCAGCCUGUCUGGGUUGAGCUUGAGCCAGAACAGCCCCAGACGGACUAACGUGUGGGAGGGUGGCCAUCAGAAGAUCACUUCCUCGGGUCUGUGCUCCAAAACACUGCGGAACUCUGCCGAGUCUCUGGACAGGUUUGGUGCAGGCAAAGAUGGAGUCCAGGAUGGACAUCAGCUUCAACGUUCACGACCCCCCUCCGCCAUCGCGUUCAUCCGUACAACCGAUGUUCUUCCUCAGUCCGGGUGUGUCCAUGAUGACUUAGACCAGGAGUUCUUGUCUCUGCCGGACCGCUUCGAGGAGCUGCAGUUCCUCCCCAGACAGGUCAGAGAGGUCACAGCCAUCCUCAACACAACAAGAACGCCUGAGAAGAACCCGGCUCCAGAGGUUGAGGAAAGCAGCCAAGAUGAUGAAAAGGAGAAGAUGAGCGCAGAUGCGACCCAAUCAGUGACGAGAAGUUCCCGGUCAUGGAUGGAGUCGGUUGGAGGAGGACUGACUUGCGACAACAACCAGGAAAUGGAGACCUUGGUGGAGCAACUGUGUGGCUUGGACCUGAGAGACACGGAGAGAACCGCGUUGGCGGACCAGGACCAGGAUUCUUCUCUGAUACAACAUAUCCACAUGUUCAGCUCACUCCUGCAGCAGCACAUCCGCUGGCUCUACAUGCUUUCUGACCAGACGGGCAUGUCGGCCGCUCCCACCGACGGCGUUCCGAAGUGGCUUGCUGAGUACCAGGAGUUUCAUGAAGAGAUGGGCAGCCAUCAGCCCCUGAUGUCUCGUGUUCUGCACUCGGGGGAGCAGCUCCUCAGCUACAUGGACGCCACCUCUCCGGUGUUAGCAAACGCCUUGAUGCUAAUUGAGAGGCAGUCAGCAGCCCUGAAGAACCACACUCGGAGCUUUUUAUCUUCCGUCCAAUCUACCGUGGACAAUCUGACUCAACGCACGCAUCCAGUCUAGCAGGACACCAUGGGGGGCCAAGAUGGAGCACCCACUCAGCCCAUGUCUUCACUCACAUUUUUGUUGGGAUGGGCAAUAUCACAAAUGUCCAUUUGUUACCAGGUAAAUAUGGUAUUGGGCUGCACGGCGGUCAAGUGGUUAGCGCGCAGACCUCACAGCUAGGAGACCCGAGUUCAAUCCCACCCUCGGACAUCUCUGUGUGGAGUUUGCAUGUUCUCCCCGUGCAUGCGUGGGUUUUCUCCGAGUACUCCGGUUUCCUCCCACAUUCCAAAAACAUGCUAGGUUAAUUGGCCACUCCAAAUUGUCCGUAGGUAUGAAUGUGAGUGUGAAUGGUUGUUUGUCUAUAUGUGCCCUGGGAUUGGCUGGCCACCAGUCCAGGGUGUACCCCGCCUCUCGCCCAAAGACAGCUGGGAUAGGCUCCAGCCUGUUCUACACCAAGACACUGAGCUAAACAUGCAGGGCGAGUUUACGCUAAUCAUCGCCUAACCAGGUGUGGAGCGCACCGUCAUGCCACACUAGCAUAAAUACCAGGUGUUGUUGACAAAUGUGUCCGGUUGGUCUUGCCUGAACCAGACUACAUCAAGUUGCAAAGAACACGCUUCCACCACAGCUCCUUUCAAAAUCAAGUCAGUUGCCUUUAUUAUGAAAAGAGAACAUCUUAUUUCUUUGCAAUUGUGCACUGAGAUUGCAACAACAGACCCCAUGUAACCAUCAAACUUCCCCAUUGUUGAAUAAAUAUUUUGCUUUUUUAUUUCUUUACCACA